CUUUUCUUAUUGGGUUUUUCUUUUGCCAUGAGACGGAUGUUCCUGCUUUUAUUGCAUAAUUUUAAUUUAUAUUUCAGUUUUUUUUUAAUUAAAGUUGAUUACUUUACACUCUUACAAUGCCAGGCCCUAGACAAAAAUCAAUAGUGUGGGAAGUAUUUAAAAAAUCAGAAGGAGGUACAGUUGUUUGUAAAAAGUGUUCUUGUUCAUAUAAGUAUUCAGGGAACACGAGUACAAUGAUGGGACAUAUAAAAAAAAAACACCCAGGUGAGUUCCUAGAUAUUACUGACGGGGAGGUAAAUACUGAUAUUGACAGUAUCCAAAGAACGAAUGCACAACCUUCUACAAACCAACAAGUGCGUAAUGUUGCGAUUGCACAACCCUCAAAUUCAGAAGAAACUCCUGCUAUUAAUAAGAGACUGAGGCAGUCGCGAUUAAUAGUGCCUUCAAAACUUUGUCAAAAAAGUGCAGAUAAUGCUUUGGUUGACCUUAUAGUACUUGAUUUUCAGCCACUGCAAAUAGUUGAGAAUGAAGGGUUUAGAAGGUAUUCAAAAGUGCUCAACUCUGAAUACAAUAUUCCCUCAAGAAAAAAAAUUGCAGAAAUGCUUCAAGAGAGUUAUUCUAUUGAGUCAAGAUGCUUAAUGCAGAAAUUACAAGAAAUAGAGUAUAUUGCAUUGACAUCAGACAUUUGGACGUCAGAUAGCAACAAAUGCUUUAUAAGCAUAACGGCUCACUACGUAGAGCAAGCAAGAAUGAAAACGUCGGUUAUUUCUACGUCCGAAUUAGAAGAGAACCAUACUGCUGAAAAUAUAGCAACAAAAAUGCGAAAAAUAUUGGACGAAUGGCAAAUAGGUGCUAAAGUCGUAAGCAUUGUGACGGACAACGCUGCAUCUAUGAAGAAAGCAGUCAGCGAAAUUUUAAAUAAACGCAAUCAUUACUGUGUGGCACAUACAUUAAAUCUUGCCGUAAAAGACUGUAUUGAUAAACCAAUUUUGGAAGAACAACCCAGUAAUGAUCGGCUUUCAAUUCCACAGAUAUUAAGCAAAUGCAGAGGCAUAGUAUCACAUUUUAACCAUAGUGCCAAGUCCUCAUAUGCACUGCACGACAUGCAAAUACAAAUGAAUACCGAUACAUUAAAAUUAAAGCAAGACGUUCGAACGCGAUGGAAUAGCACUUUUUAUAUGCUUGAGCGCUUAUUAAAAGUAAAAGUGUCUCUUUCCGCUACAUUGCCACUUUUAGAAGCAUCCCCAUCUAAUCUGGAUUUUAACGAAUGGAUUUUGAUUGAGGAAAUAAUUAAGCUUUUGCGACCAUUCGAAAAAAUAACAGUUAUUUUGUCAGGAGAGUCGUACCCCUCAUUAUCGUGCAUCAUUCCGCUAGUAGUAGGACUUCAAGAGACAUUAGCCAAUAAAAAUUUAAGUACUGAGUCGGCUAAACUUUUGCAAAGAAAUCUACUAACUGUUAUAGAGAAGCGUCUUGGUAUUUAUGAAGUUAAUAGAACAGCAGCUAAGUCGACCUUUUUGGAUCCACGAUUUAAAAAGAAAGGUUUUGGAACUGAAUCUCAUGCCAAUAAUGCACAAAUGUGGGUCAUAGAAGAACUUAGGGAUUACCUGAUCAAUAGCUCAGCUUCAAGUAUUCAAUGUCAACCUAGUACCUCAAAUGCUGUAACCGCCGAAACCAACGAUGAAGAUGACGAGAUCUGGGGUGUCCUUGACAAAAAAAUUUCUGAGACACAAACUACAAUAACACCUUUUUCCUCAGCUGCAGGUAUGGUGAAGCAGUAUAUAGAUUUGGAAUACCUCGGUCGGAACAAAAACCCGCUUGAAUUUUGGGAAGAAAAGAGAAGUUUGUUCUCAUCCUUGUAUAAGCUGGCACAUAAAUACUUAUGUAUACCCGCUACGUCGGUUCCAUCGGAAAGGCUGUUCUCCAAGGCUGGAUUGUUGUGCAAUGAAAGAAGAAAUCGGUUAGCUCCAAAAAAAGUGGACCAAAUCUUGUUUCUUAACAGUGCAAAAAAAUCCAAAUUAACAUAG